UCCUGCGCUGCUAGGACACGGUGCCCGGGCAAGAGCUGUGGGAGAGCGGGCUAGGACAGGCACCGGAGCGAGGCGGCGGUGUGCGGGGUGCAAGGGGAGCUGGGGAGGAGAAGGCGAGACCGCGAGAGUGCAGCAGGAAAGUGAGGAGUAGGGGUUGGCGCGGGCGGGUGGUGGAAAGGCAGCGCAGAGUUUGGGCCAGAAGAUGCGAGCGGGCUAGCAGCCCGCGGGAGGAGGAGGGUUAGGCUGCGGGUGGGGAGGAUCUGAAGGCGGAGGCGGGAUCCCGCUGUGCGCAGGUGAGAGGGAGCAGGCAGGAGCGUCCCGGGCGCCGGGUUCGGGAGAGGAGCACGUGCGAUCCAGAGCUCAGACGAGGGUGUGAGCGCGCAGCCAGGGCCGGAGGUCCAGAGGCCAGGGUUCCAGUCGGAGCUCCCUGGCGAGGCCGGGUGGGACAGGGAGAGGUACUGGCCAGUGGGGCUCGGGCAGGUGCUGGGGGCCAAGCACCUGAGGCUUGGUCCGGGCGCGGCGAUGAGGGUGCACCUUGGCACGCUGGCCGGCGCGGCGGCGCUGACUGGGGCGCUCAGCUUUGUGCUCUUGGCCGCCGCCAUCGGCACGGACUUCUGGUAUAUCAUCGACACCGAGCGGCUGGAAAACCGCGGGCCGGCGGCGCAGGACCGGCCGGGGGCAACCAACAGCAGCCAGCUUGAACCUUUGAGCUCCCACUCUGGCCUCUGGCGGACAUGCCGGGUGAGGAGUCCUUGCACCCCGCUGAUGAACCCCUUCUGGCAAGAGAACGUGACAGUCAGCGACUCAAGUCGACAACUUCUCACCAUGCAUGGGACGUUUGUGAUCCUGCUUCCACUCAGCUUGAUCCUGAUGGUUUUUGGAGGAAUGACCGGGUUCCUGAGCUUCCUCCUCCGUGCCUACCUCCUCCUCCUGCUCACAGGGACGCUUUUCCUCUUUGGAGCCAUGGUGACCCUGGCUGGCAUCAGCGUCUACAUCGCCUACUCGGCAGCCGCCUUCCACGAGGCACUGUGUCUGCUGGAGGAGAGGGCGCUCCUGGACCAGGUGGACAUCCGCUUCGGCUGGUCGCUGGCCCUGGGCUGGAUCAGCUUUGCUUCCGAGCUGCUCACCGGGGCGGCCUUCCUGGCGGGGGCGCGCGUGCUCAGCCUGCGACGUGGGCGGGACCAGGCCAUCUGAGCCGGCUGCCGGCUGUGGGCUGCGUGACUGGGACCAGGCGGGACUCUUCCCUGUGGGCAAAGCCGCCGGUGGAGGCCGAGGGACAGCUCGGAACGCCAGUGGACCGGGCUUGGGCCGCCGUCUCCUGCCAUCUGCAAGCCGGGCUUGCUGAGUGCGUGUGCUGAGUGCGUGUACUGCGUCUGUGCAGGCCAGAGAGGGCGCGAGAGAGCUGCACCCACACCGCCCGACCUAAAUCGCGGCUGCCCUCGGCAGUGUACGAGGUCUUGUGACUGCAGGUCCGGGCCGCCUCCCCGCAUCACAUCCUCCCCUGCCCUUUGGAGCAGAGCUGUUCUUCGUUAGGAAGUGCUCGGGAUGGUCAGCGAGUUAGGGACUUGUGCGGCGGCGAGCAGCCACUUAGCUGUGCUCUGGGCUCCCAGGCCUGUGCUUGCUCCGCUCCGAGCUCCUCUGAGGAGGCCUGAGCCUGGCUCCUGCCUCAUGAGGCCGCAGUGCGGGUGUUUCGGUGCAGCGGGACUCUGGGCACUGGAACUCCCUCCUGUGCUGGGCCUCCUGGCAGAGGCACUGCAGGGUGAGGACUCUGCCUGGUGCAGUGAUUCCUAAGACAGGAGACCCUGCGAACGUUUAGGGGGGCAGUGAGGGUCCCUCCAGGUUGUUGGGAGAUCUUCCUAACUGUCAGAUGAGUGGGGCCCCAGCAUGGCCUUUGACCGGUUCUUUCCCAGGGGUGCUGCCCACAGGAGGUGAGGGCAGUCAGGGCCACAGUGAGAGGAGAAAACCUCAAAUCCACCACCACACCACCUGGGCUGCCAACCCAAGCACGUGCUCUGUCUACAGGUCAAGUAGUGGCUCCUGGCCUGGUGAUUUUGCAUGGUCACUUUCCCAGUGUGGGCAGCGCUGGGUUCCCAGGUGGGAGUGGCGGGGAGACCAGCUCCCGACACAAUCUGGGUGUGUAAGAGGCUGGGGACCUUAGGUUAGGGGCUCCCUGGGUGGCUCCCCUGGGCCAGCAAGUCUGGGAGCACUGAUGUCAUGACACUGUCGUUUUCAUCACAGUCAUGGUGAUAUCAUCAUCGCCAUGACACCCCACAUUGCUGUGAUGCAGCUGCCUCCACAACAUUACCCUGUGACACCAACACUUGGCCCACCAUCCUUCCAUGACAUUGUCAUCCUCACUGCUGUGUCAUCAGUUGCUCUCCUCACCAUGACGUCACCAUUACAGUUGACACCUGCUCAGCCCUUAACGUGUACCCUCACUAUGAGUAAGUUAGACAGUCACUCAACAAACAUUUGAUGGGCACUAUCUACUUGGAAGCAACCAGGAUCAGUGACUAUGGACCCAAUCCUUGGUCUCUGGGUUGUCACAGGAUGGGGGAGAGAGGCAUGUGGAAAUAAUCUGAACAGGGCACAGAGGAAGACACUGAGACAUAGGCACCAGCUUAGGCAGAGGCACUGGCUUGAGGGCCCAAGGAGAGGAGCAAUUUGGCGCAAAAUUUAUAACUGGCUAAUUCCAAGACCGUUCUAUCUCCUCUGCCAUCACCACCUGCACCACUCGGCCACCACCAUCUGAUCCUAGGGUCCAGACGUCGCGGCAGCUUUUUUGCUUAAUCUGGAAACCCACGCAUGAAGCAGGUGUCAUAGUGCUGAGUCUGGCUAGAAACACCCGUGCAGGCUUCUGCAGAACGAGAAGGCCAUGCUGAGAAAAGACGGUCUUUGCUGCCACCUGCCGGUCAUAUGGCGGAACUUCGUCAGAGGGCCGACUUGCUUGUCAAUCAGCCCAUAGGACAUUGGGUUCAACCUCUGGGCGCCCAGCCCUGGUCUACAGGGCCGUCACCAAGACCCCUGGCUAUAUAAGAGGCAGGUCCAGUUGUUAGAACUGGAGGAGAGCGUUACAACUGGCACCAGGUUGGCAGAAGUUGGAGGAUGGAGGCCCCUCAGCACCAUGGUCUGGUUAGAAUCACAGAGAAGGCCCUCAGCCACUCACCCAGUGAGGUGUUACUGGAGAACGCUGCGCGUCAGACCUGGACACAGCGGUGGGGAUGGCGGAGAGACCCCAGCCCUGCACUGCUCCCACAGAAACAGGUGAUAGCACACGAACCAGUGAAAGGCAGUGGAUAGGGUGAGGAAGAAAGCAAGUCAGGGUGGGGGGAGACAAGUGGCUGGCAGGGAUGCCGCUGGAGAAGGGCAGCCAGAAAGGACCUCUCAGAGGAGGAGUCCUGGCGCCCAAGCCCAGACAGAGGCACUGCGGGCAGGGAAACGCAGACCAGGGAAGGGAUGCUAAUGCAGAGGCCCCUGUACAUGUUUGAAGGAAAUGAGAGAGGCAAGGGGAAGUGGAGGAGGAGAAGAGGGGAGGUGACGCACAGGUGCUUAGUGGCCCGAGGUCCCGUUUGGUUCCAUUUCCAGGAGAUUGGUGCUGAGAACCAGGGUCAGGGCCAGCUGGGUCUGAGGUGCGGACUUGAAGGCAGUGGUUCCUUCUCAUCCGUAUGAUCUGAGACCUUUGGACCCACCCUGAAGUCCUAACACGUGGCGCUCAGAGGAGCCCGUGGAAAGAAAGCCUUGAGCCUGCUGUGUGAGGACUGAAGGGCAGGGGUGGGUGUGCCCGCAGGAAGUCCGGUGAGAGAUGGGAGGGCCCGGCCAAGGGGAGGCGUGGUGCUGUUUGCGGUGUGCUUGGUGCUCAGAGGAGAGCUUUCUACUCAUAAAGAAUAAAUGGAGAGAGAAAGGGCCGAGGGCACCUGUCCAGUUGCUGGAGAGACUCAGCCUGCGUCUGUGUCUGCAGCCCUCCCCUGGCUGGACCUGUGUGCCGCAGAGCCAGUCCAGCUCUCCUCUCAGAGAGGCUGCUCGGCCUGGCAUGGGCAUUUGCUCACUUGUUCACUAUAGACUCAGCCAUUGGUUACUUUGCUCAUUGGCUCAGCAUCCUACUCACUCAGGGCUGCGGGAGGCUCUGGAGGCUGCGACAUCUGGGCCAUGGAGGCGCAUGGCCACCCUCGUCCAUUUAUCUUCCCGUCCACUCACCCACUCACCCACUCCCUGUUCACCUACUCACCCAUCCACCUGUCCAGCCACUCAUCCAUCCGCCCACCCACUCACUCACACCACCCAUCCAUCCAUUCAUCCGCUCGCUCAUGUACUCAUUCACUCUGGGCGCUUCCAUCCGUGCAUCUGUCCAUUCAUUCAUUCAUCCACUGCUGCACCGUCACUCCUUCAGUCACACGUUCACUCGCAUCCACAGAAAGUUAUUUGGGCCUGAUGUGCCAGAUGGUCUUUGAAGCACUGAGGGGCAGGGUCUGGGUCACAGCCCAGGUCUCUGGCCUGCAGCAUCUGUCAGAGCCAGCACUUUGGGGCCCUUUUGAGUUCCUGGCCAGCCAGGCCGGCAGCUGGCCAGCUAUCUCUGCAGGCUUCGGGGCCCUGGACUGUGCCAGGAUCCUGUGUCAGUCCCAGCUUCCGCUCCAGGACAGGGUCCACAGUCAGCAUCCAAAUGAGACCAGACCCUCACUCUGCCCCUGACCCUUGGCCCCAGGGAGGGAUUUAGAAGUGAACAAAAAUGACUUAAAACCUACCCUGUGAAGCUAACACCCUGAUGAUUACGUGUAUCUGUGUGUGACACUCGGACAAUAAACUUUGCUGCUGUGUCUUGGUCAGAA